CUAAACCCUAAAUUGACCCACCUUUUCCUUACCCUAUUUUCGCCUAAGACUCACCCUGCCGCCACCCUCACCCCUCACUCAGUUUUCCGGCGCCAUCCAGAAGGAGAGGAAGUCGCCGCCAUCCUCACCCCUCGCCCAGAGCUCCGACGCCAUCCAGAAGGAGAGGAAGUCGCCGCCACCCUCACCCAGACUCGCCUCCACCACCAAGACCCGUCGCCGCCACCGAGACCCGUCGCCGCCAGCAUCUUCGCCCAAGCCCAGAUCCGCCGCACUGUCGCCGAGGAGGAAGGAGAAGCCUACAAAUCAUCGUCCGCCUCUAGCCCUCUGCUUCUGCUCAGACCCGCCAGAGGUAAAUCUCUCUCUCCCUCUCUUCUCGUUUGGUUGAGUUGCGCCGACGUCGCGGGUUGAAAACCCGUCGCCAGUGGCUAGAGGCAGGUAGGGCGAUCGAUUUGGCCGGUGGUAGACGCAGGCAGGGCGCCCACGCGAAUCCGGCGGAGCCAGGUAGCCCACCUGCCCCGACCCUGGUCCGAUCCGGUCUCCGACCCGCCCUGACCCUGGUUCGACCCAUUUUCCGACCCGUCCUGACCCUGGUCCGACCCGUUUUCCGACCCGCCCGAACCCUGGUCCGACCCGUUUUCCGACCCGCCCGACCCGUUUUGAUUUUUUUUCAAUUAAAAUGCAAAUGUUAAUGAUUAGAAUGUUCAUUUUAAUUAAUAAUAUAUAAAUUUGAAUGGUAAAUUAUAAUCAAUAUAUGACAUUUUAUAAUGGGAAGGAAGAAAAGAAUCUGUUUGUUGCGGUUGCUGUGUGAUGAGAGGAUGUUAAUUAGCAUUUGACAAUAUAAGUAGUGUUUGAAUUGAAAAAGUUGUUGAUUGUUAAUAAUGAUUAUAAAUAGUUAAUGAAUAUAGGAUUGUUAAUUGCAAUACUAAGAAGAAUUAAUUUUAUUUCUUGAUAGUUGGUAAAAUAAGCGAAAGAAAGGGUAAGAAUUAGUACGAGGGUUUGUGAUGAUUAAUAUAAUUAGUAUUUGACAAUAUAAUUUGUAUUGGAAUUCAUAAAUUUUAUGGUUGUAAAUAAUUAUUAUGUAUAGUUAAAAGAUGUAUGGUUGUCAAUUACAAUUCUGAAAAUAAAUAAUUUUAUUUUCUUGAUAGCAGGCAACAAUGAGCGAAAGAAAGGGCAAGGAAAAAUUGAGGGUUCUCGGACGCAACGUUACAGUAUCUGAGCGGAAAAAACGUCAAGAGGAGUCAGAUAGACUUCGUGAGGAGGAGCGUCAGGAGAAGCUUUCGCGUCGUCAAGCUGCAGUGGAUCCUCCCCCUCAUAGCUAUGUUUCCCAGCCGAUACCAGGCAUCACAUUUGGCUGUUGGAUAUUUUAUGUUUUGAUGUUGGAUAUUUCUUAAGAUUGAUGUUGAAUAUUUCUUAAGGUACAUUUGGAUGUGUUAUGUUUGAGUGUUUAUAUACUAAUUAAAAUUUUUAACCACUACUUAUAUAUCUAACAAAAACACAACAAACAACAAUUUUUAAUGAUCACACAAAAUUACUUGCACCAUCGGGCGGGUAGGGAAUAUGGCUCAACCAGCGGUUAGAAGGGUAGAAAAUAUGGCUCGACCUCCGAGAGGGCGGGUAGGAUAUAUGCCCUCACCUCUAGGAAGGCGGGUUCACAACAUGCUUUGUCCACGGCCUGUGCUGGAAGGGUAUAUUCCUGCACCAUCCGUCAGGUGGGUGUGCAACAUGCUCAACCCACGGUGAAGAUGGGUAGGUGAAAUGUUUGGUCCGUGGUGCAGGCAGGUUUUCAACCCGCAUAGUCUAUUUUUUCAGCAACAAUAAUUGUGAACACAAUUGAUUAAUUUCAACUAAAUCCACAUAAAUUUGAACACAAAAUCAUUGAUUAAUUCCACCUAAAACCACAUACAUUUUAACACAAAAUGUCAAUCUUUGAUAAUUGCACCUAAAUCCACACAACUUUAAACAUAAACACACACUAGACACAUCAAUAACAUAAUCAAUCUAAGGCAACAAUGUUUAAUCAUUCUCUUCAUCGUCAGUGGGUGGAUAAUGUCCUCCAAGGAUGGCAUACAAUUCCUGCUCCUGUUGGUAUAACUCAUCUCAAUGCGGAAUUGUGCUCAUAUUCCAAAAAUGAGUCCAUUGUGGACUAAAAUAUGGCAUUGGUGUCACCCCAUCGACAUUGUCGAGAACUAGUCGGACCCAAUGAGCCCCAGUAAAUCAAAUCGAACCCAAUGUUGAAGUUCUUCUUGACCAGACUAACACCAAUCAACUGAACCAGUGGCUGCUUAUACUUGUUAGUCUUGUACGUCGAGUCUAUCAAAACAACAAAAUACCAUGCCAACAACAUCCAAAUCGACUCAGGAUGGCAUAGGAAGAGUCUAGUAACACGACGUUGAUCAUCAAAUUCACACUCAAUAAAGUAGCCAAGACGUUGAGCUUCUAUCAAUGUCCACCGCAUAGGUUUCAACCCACCCAAUCUCUCACGCCUAAUUUUUGCUGUCUCAUUAUAAAUCUGAGUCAUGUUGUGAUGAGCAUCGUACUUCAUAUUGAGCAAACUUCUGAUAUCUUUCGCCUGAGUAUGUGUUGCCUCCAACUCCUUAAUAUUCAUUUUUUCCACCUGCGAAAGAGCAUUCUUUUGCCUGCUUCCCUCAGAGUAAACCUCCAAUCUGUGACUGUGAAAUCCCCUCGCCUUAAUCCCAUGAAUUCUCCACUUACAAUUGCCAUCUAUUUUUACGGAUUGCACCACCACUCGGAAAUGACAAUCUAACUUGCAUGUUGUAGAUUUGCUCCGUGUUGUCUUUGCGGGAUCAGACGUAUAUGAGUUGCUCCUACUACCAUGGUUGCAAUCCAUAUAGAUCCGCGGAUUGCCUUCUCCAACGUUUCUCUUGACUGAUGCCACUAUCAAGGAAAAACUAUUACUCAUGGCAAUCUCCUUUGCCGCUUUACAAGUUUGAUCAUGGGCAUCAUAAACAUCACUUAGAAACAAUGAUGUGCAAUCAACAUUGUCACCCUCAUUAACUCUGGAUCCACCCUACAAGAAAUACAAGGUAAAAAC